AAAGACUCGAUGUUACAGAGAUCAGGUGGGAGUGAGUACCAGAGUUUGGGAGCAGAGCGGCUGAAUGCUCUGCUUCCCAUAGUGACAAGACGAGCAGGGGGAACGGUGAGAGGAUCUGAGAGAACGGGUGGGUGUGGCAAUGUGAAGGAGGUCUGAGAGAUAUGAAGGUGUGAGGUUGUGAACUACUUCAAAAGUUAGAAGAAGUAUUUUAUAGUUGAUGCGAUAUGUGAUUGGAAGCCAAUGGAGCUGUUGUAAAAUAGGUGUGAUGUGAUGAAUUAAAGGGGUCUGUGUAAUGAUUCGAGCAGCUGAAUUUUGAACCAAUUGUAAUUUAUGCAGAGUUUUCUGUGGCAAACCAAAAAGUAGAGAAAUACAAUAGUUUAAACGAGAUGUGACCAAACUGUGGACCAGAACAGCAGUGGAGUGCGGAGUGAGAGAAGGACGGAGACGGCAAAUAUUUCGGAGAUGAAAAUAAGCUGAUGAUAUUAUUGACAUGGGAGGCAAAAGAAAGGGUGCUAUUGAGGAUGACACCCAGUCUCUUAACCUGAGGGGAGGGGAAAAUGGAGGAGUUAUCAACUGAAAUGGAGAAAUUACUUACUUAGUACCAAUUAAUUAGUACCAAUUAAGAGAAGUUCAGUUUUACUGGAAUUUAAUUUGAGGGAGUUAAGAGUAAACCAUUGUUUUAUUUCAAGAAGACAAUCAGUGAGGGAGGAAUAUGGAAGCAUGGAACUAGGUUUGAUUGAAACAUAGAGUUGGAUGUCAUCCGCGUAGCAGUGAAACUGGAUGUUGUGUUUGCGAAAAAUAUUACCAAGGGGUAGAAGGUAAAUGAUAAACAACAAGCGUCCCAGGACAGAGCCCUGGGGAACACCUGAGGAGAAGGGAACUGGGCGAGAGGAAAAUGAUUUUAACUGAACAAACUGAGAGCGGCCUGAGAGAUAUGAACGAAACCAGUUGAGAGGUGUAUUUACAAUGCCAAGAGAGGAUAAUCUGUCAAUAAGGAUGUAAUUAAUUUAAUUUACUCGGUAUUGAGAGACAUUAUUGCACCAUAUAACACCAGCCACAAUUUUAUGCUUUUAAGAUUGUCUUAAAAUAAUAAAGUAACUCAAAUAAAGCAAAGUUACUGAAAAUAAAUGUUCCACUCACUCCUGCAUUAAUCACUUUUCAUUUAUUUAUUUUUUUGUUUCUUACCUUAUUUAAAACUUUACUUUCAAGCUUAAAUAGGGAUAUUUUUUUCUGUACAAUCCAUUUAUCCUAUAGAGAGUUUGUACAGCUUUUACAAUUAAAGAGAGUGAGAAACUAUCAUGGUGACAGAUUUUGUCAUUUAAAGCUCACUGCGAUCAAUGUUUUUCCACAGUGGGGGGAAGCCAUGUAUUUGGAAAAGCUGCUGCAUGUAAACACUCAACCCUAAGAUUUAGUUAGGAGAUGUUCCAUGAAUCAGCAGUGCUAACCACCACAUGACUCUUAAACUUCACUCUUAAAAUACUCAAGACAUGAUGGUCUGUGGAAAUAUAGCUGUAUCAGCAUUAGAUUAAGUGCAGAAUUUGCACCAGUUACAACAUUCACAUGGAUUCUCAAUAAAUGGCUUUAAAAACCCAUCAACUGUGUUUUUCACUGGGCCAGAAAAAACAUUCAACUAGAACUUGAUGAUGUCCCGCUGUACCUGUAAAACAUUUAAUCUCUUCACAACCCUCCAACGUUUAAAUAAUAAAGUUUUAUAAGUCACAGCUUUUCUAAUAAAAGGCCAAGUGCCAUUCGUCUUACUCCAUUUAUAAUUUGAAUCAAUAUUCUGAAAUCUUUUCCAGGGCCUAUAUUUUAAUUUUGACAUCUGCAACAUAUUGCUUGUCAAAUUAAUAAGAAUCCAGUAAGGGAAUAUUAUUCAAAUAAUGUGACCUACACAUUGCCUAAUAGGUCAAGUUUGAUCGAUAAAAUUUUAAGAAAGGUUCACCUUUUGGAGCUACUGUUUAAACAUGUCAGUAAAUUAGUAUGCAUACUGUUAGAUACACUCUUCUAAAUGAGGACUUUACCAUAGGGUGCAGAGUUACAUGCUUCUUAAUACCAUCCUACAGUCUGUUUUGUAGGCCAAACUGUUCGAUUUUGGUCUCAUUUGAUCAGUGUCAUUUAUUUGCUUCAGUAGUUUGUGGUGAAUGGUGAAUCUUUAACGAUCUUUUGGCUUUAAUCAGCUACUCUUUCUACAUGUCACUGAAUUAGUAUGCAUAAUGUAAGACGGACUCCUCGAAAUCAAGAUCUCUAUUGGGAUCAGGGUGCACAGUUACAUGCUCCUUGGGUUUCAUGAAAGUGGAAACCCUGUGUGGUCAGCUGUUAUUGUGGUAGAGCCUUCUGCCGUGGCGGGUCCAAUCAUCACUUGCAGCUAAUAAACAGAUGAGCAACGAAGCUUUUGCAGCAGCUGUCAUGCAGUGCUGUUUGUGUAAGAUGCGUACCCAUCAGUGGUGUUUCCUCCUGUUCAACAUCUUGCUGUUCCAUGCACUGCUGUUCGGGGCAGAUUUUGUCGAGGAGUACCUCCUGCAGCCGUCCCCCGUGGUUUACACUGAUGGCAUGGUUGCAGAUGUGAGGGAGAGAGCAAGAAAACUGGACUUGAGCACCGCAAGGCAGAAUGUAUCCAGGGAUUAUAUCAUUUCUAAUCCCGAUGCCUGCAGAAAACCCGACCUCUUCCUCCUCGCUCUGGUCUUCAGCUCCCCGGCCAACAUCACCCAAAGAAAUGCAGUGAGGAGAACGUGGGCAAACCAAGCACAAAUUCAAGAAUCUCCCAUUAAGGUACUCUUCUUCACAGCAUCGACUGAAUCUUCUACCACCCAACAGGAUCUCAUCAAAGAGUCUGAACUUCAUGGUGAUUUGAUCCAAAGCCGUGUCGUAGAUGUGUCGCCCCUCUAUGGAGCAAAGGAGAACACACUGCUGGCUCUUCGUUGGGUAAUCACUUUCUGUCCUCGCGCACGUUUGGUUCUGUUGACUGAGGACUCUGUGUUCAUAAACCUACCUGCCAUUGGGAGCUACCUGCGGGGGCUUCACAGGAAUUCAGAAGACCUAUAUCUAGGCAGAGUGAUCCAGAAACAGUCCCCUGAUAGGAACCCCAACAGCCCACGCUACCUGUCCCGCAUUCUCUACCCUGACAAGUAUCUACCAGAAUACUGUGAAGGAACUGCUUACAUUUUGUCACAGGAUGUGGCCCGUAAAGUCUACGUUGCAUCGUCGUCGGUCCUUGCCCCCAUUCCGGCUGACGUUUUUGUAGGUUUCUGUGCUCAGAAAGCGGGCGUCACACCAACUCACAGUGCCAGGUUCUCAGGAGAGAGACAUAUCCAUUACAAUGCUUGCUGCUACCGACAUCUGUUCAGCUCGGCAGGAAUGGGGAGUCAGGAGCUGGAACGAGUGUGGCAAGACCUUGAACAGAAAGGUGGAAAAUGUUCCCUGCUUAAGACGUACUCUGGCCUUGUGGCCUGCAAAGUCCGCACAUAUUUGGAUAAAAUGUUGUUACAAAACUCAAAAGAGCAGACUUGAUUGUAUAAAUUAAAAUGGCAUAACACUUUGUUCAGAGUAUUUCUGUUAGUUUGCUUUUGUGCACUCUCAGGUGUUACAACAAAAAUCUAAAUAAGCUGAAGUGUAAGACUUGACAUCUGAAAAGAUUAGCCUCUGAGUAUUCAAUGGAUGGAUUAGAUGGAAACCGAUUAUUUUUAAAUCUUUUUUCUUGAUUGCUUCGUGUUUUGUGAGAACCUGGUUUGGCCCAGUGAAUUUCAUACUUUUUCUGUUUUUCACCUACUACUAAUUGUUAGGUUGAUUUAACUGAAACCUCCACCAAACAAAUGUAAAGUUUUAAGCAUAAUGUGUCUAGAAGCUGAUGGUUCUAUUUGUGGUAUGUUUGAUCAUUCAAAUACAGUAGAUGUCUAUAAAAUUAAAGAAAAAAAAUCCCAACAACAUUCUGCUCAUAGACACUCUGGUUUCUUUUCUCUUUGAAGCACAUUUAUUGUAAAACAUAGUAUAUCCAAUCUGGAAAGUAUCUAGCUAUACGUAAUGGAUUUCUAAAUCCCAGCAACAAGCUUUAUUUUAUAAACAUGAUAUGUGACAUAGCAGGAUGAAGCUGUGCUCAAUUGUAAAGUGGAAAGAAAAUUAUGUAUGGUUUUUAUUUUCUUAAUAAAAAUCUGAAAAGUUAGUUGGAAAAAAAUUGUUCAGCAUUUACAUCUAUAAAUCUUUGCAAGUGUGUCUUUACCACUUGUAUGUCUAGACUCUAGAGACUAAAACUGUUGCCUAUUCAUCAAUGCAAUUUAAUUUAAGCUCAGUCAGUGGGACAGUUGAACAGAGAUGGCAAAGUCUCUCUGCAGACUCCCAACCGGAUUAAGCUCUCGACGUUCAUUAGGCUAAGACAUAACUACCUUCAUUUACUCAUCCUUUGACUAUCAAUAAGAGUCAUUAUGACAAAAAAUGUAAGGUUAGCUACCAGUUACCUUUGUACAGACCAACAUGCGGUAGUUGCUGUUGAUCACAGCUUCAUUCAACUGGACAUGAGGUCUGCUGCAGGCCUUGAUCCAUGUCUUGCAUUCUUCCAGACUCCUUUUGGAUUUUAGAAAUGUAAUAAAUAAUAUAUUCCACCCAAACAAAAUAGAGCUCUCAUGACUCAGAUGGUCAAGAGAGUUUGUUUUUUUUACAAAAGAGAGACAGUCAAAGAUCCAUCCCUUUACUCCAUUGAAGUUCUGGACGUAAUUAGCUCCAUCCAUUCCCACUGAAGCUGUCACCAUAGUUCAUGGUGGAGAUGUGGUGCUCAGGGUGAUGUACAGCAUUUCCCCCCUAAGAAAGCAUGCUACUUUCAGGCUAAAAUGUUCAAUUUUGAUCUCAUCCAAGUUAUAGAUGAACUUCUUCCACAUGCUUGUUGGACUCCAGUCAGGACUUCUGGCUAUCUGCUCAGAUGCCAGAUUUAUGGAGUACUGGUUGUCCUAUUGGCAGAUUCUCCUUCGUGAGGUACAAAUCCCUGCAGGUUCUCCAGAGUUACAUUAACGUUGUGGCUGCUUCUCUGAUAACUGCUCUCUAUGCCAUGCAUGUCAGUUUGAAUGAAGGUCUUGACAAUUUUACAUUGCAAACUUAUUUUCUAAUGUUAAAAUAAGGUUAAAAUAUAAACUUAUUUUUACAUUUUGAUGAUGCAUUCGGCACUGCUCUGUAAGAUGUUCACAACGUGGGGUAGUUUUCCUAAGCUUAAUUUUAUUUUAAACUUCUUCAUAACUUUAUCCCCUCCAGUUAAAAGCAGUAUUGCCACAGCAUGAUGCUGCCUCCACCAUGCUGGUUGUUCUGUAGCAUUCUCUGAGUUCUUCACAGAACACUUGUAUUCAUAUCUAGAAUAAAAUACAAACAGGUGGGCUGUCUUUAAAGGUAGUUGGUUAUAUUGUUUUGCUCAUAGUGUGAAAUAAGGAAAUAUGUAGAAAAUAAUGUAUAUUUCAUUCUGCUUACAAAUAUGUGCUCUGUGUUGAUCUGUCAUCUUACAAUUGUGUGCUACUCUGUGUUGAUCUAAACUUCAUAUA